GUGGACCCCCACGCGCGCACUCUCUAUGUGGGCGCCAGGAAUGCCAUCUUUGCCCUCCCCUUGGGGGCCAUCGACCAGCGUCCCAAGAAGAUUUCCUGGACGGCUCCAAAGGCUCACCAGGAUUCCUGCAUGCAGAAGGGGAAGGAAGAGGCGGAGUGCCAGAAUUUUGUACGACUCCUGGACUUUGCCAACCGGAGCCACCUCUUCGUCUGCGGUACCUUCGCUUUUGACCCCCAGUGCGGCUACAUCAAAGCGAGUGAGUUCCGCCUGGUGGAGCGACUGGAGACAGGGAGGAAGAAGUGUCCCUUUGAGCCCCUGCAGCCAUCCUCGGCUAUCAUGGCAGAUGGAGCCCUGUACGUGGCCACAGUGAGCAAUUUCCUCGGGACAGAGCCCAUCAUUGCCAGAGCCACGGGGAGCCACGGGGAGGCCAUCCGGACUGAGAAUUCCGUGACGUGGCUGAAUGAUCCUGAGUUUGUGGCCUCAGCGUUUCUGCGGGAGGGCGAGAGGGGGGAAGAGGACAAGAUCUACUUCUUCUUUACGGAAACAGCUCGUGAAUACGACUACUAUGAAAAAGUCAAGGUGGCCCGAGUUGCUCGCGUCUGCAAGGGAGACCUGGGGGGCCAGAAGACUCUGCAGAAGAGGUGGACCACCUUCCUGAAGGCCCAGCUGGUCUGCUCGGAUCCUGAGAGUGGCACCGUCUUCAACAUUUUGAAGGACGUGGCCCCCUUGCCCUCGGACCACGGGAACGCCACCGUCUUCUACGGGGCCUUUGUAGCCCAAGGGAGAGAGGGGAGCAGCUCCGCCAUCUGUGCCUACAGCGCGCAGGAGAUCCAGAGAGCCAUGGGCGGCCGCUUCAAGGAGUUCCGGAGGGACUGUGACAAGUGGACCAGCGUCCUGCCAGGGGACGUUCCUGACCCACGCCCAGGGGCAUGCAUCACCAGCAGCUUGAAGACCGAAGGCAUCAGCUCCUCGCUGGCCCUCCCAGACCGUGUCCUGACUUUCAUUCGUGACCACCCACUGAUGGAUGAGCUCGUCUACCCGCUGGACCGCAGCCCACUGCUGGUAGUGCCUGGCACCAGCUACCAACGCCUGGCUGUUCACCGAGUCAAGGCCCUCUCUGGACAGGAACACCCUGUUUUGUACCUGGGCACAGAGAACGGCCACCUGCACAAAGCUGUGAAGAUCGGGCCUCGGCUGUCCCUCCUCGAGGACCUCGUGCUCUUUGCAACACCUCAGCCCGUCCGCCACCUGAAGCUCCACCAGAACUGGCUGUACGUAGCAUCUGACACAGAAGUGACCCAGGUCAACACUUCCAGCUGUGCCACAUAUAAGACCUGCCAGGACUGUAUCCUUUCCAGGGAUCCGGCCUGUGCCUGGAACAGGCAGCUGGAGGCUUGCUGGGACCACCACAGCCAGGCUGGGCUCAUCCAGGACAUUGCAUCUGUACAGGUGCCUGCAUUGUGCCCCUUGGAGAACACAGAGAUGGCCCUUAUGGUUGAAGUACCUGCCCUGCUUUCUGCCCGGGUGGUCCUGCCUUGCAGCCCUCAGUCCACCUGGUCCAGGUGCGAGUGGCAGUGGCCUUCCCAGGACCCUUCAGCCUACGUCUUGCGUAGCGACAGCAUAGAAUUCACAGUGGCAGCGUCCACGUUGGGGAAAUACACAUGCCGGUGUACAGAGUCUGGUGCGGGCAGGGUAGUGGCAGCCUACCGCGUGGUGAAUGCCAGGGGGAAAUCCUUGGAGCGCAGCUACACCGUCCUGGUGGGAAUCCUCUGCUUUGUGCUGGGGGUCAUAGUCAGCAGCGGCUGCCUCCUCCUGCAAGAGCGGCGGCGACGGGAGCGCCUCCAGCAGGAGCUCAUCUGCCGUGAACGGAAUGGCUUGGAUCUCAUGCAGUCCACCACCACGAGCUGCAGCCACGAGCCACAGACCCCCAGCUCCCCUGAAGAUGAGCGACACCCGCUGGCCACAGCCAGCAAGAACGGCACCCUGAAUGGUUACCCUCAUCAUCUCUACAUCAACGAGCUGGACACCACAGAGCAAGCCCGCAUCUACCUGACAGGGGUCCCCUUGGCCAAGUGCGAUGAGACCUCCAUCUAGAAGAGGGACUGCCUGCUGCUCCCAGCUGCAAGCGCCCAAGGGGCAUGCCCCCCCUGGCAAGGGGAGAGUUGCGCCUGUGGCACUGCAUCAAUACAGUCCGGCCACAGGAGACGUUCACUUGGGCGUAGGGCAUAGCUCUGUGCUGGAGCCGCUGCGGGAACCUAGGGCACUCUGAUGGGACCAGUAAAUCGCACUUAGAAGAGGCCUAAGGGCCUCUCCUGCAGCUCUGCCCUGCUUCUUGGAGGCCAGAGGCGUAGAGCUGUGCAGAAAGGCAUGGGUCUUGUGAAAGGGGCCCAGCAGUGGCUUCCAGGAGUGAGACAGUUGUUUUGAGGAGUGCACUUGCAACCAUUUGUGGUUCCCUGAAACCAUGCUGCUGCUGUAUUUGCUGUUGCUGCUGCUGCUGCUCCUCAGCUAGUUUCUCAAAUAGGUGCCAGAACAAAUGAGCUCCCAUGGAGCCCAGAUGUACAAAAGGGACUGGCCCAUUUCCUGGGAUUUAGACCUGUUUGGUAUGAUGUGCCAAAGUAGCAGGGAAGGGCUGAUGCCCAGGCUGAGACGAUGCUCAGAUGCAGGAGGGCAGCACCAGGAAUGUUCCCUGAGAAAGGUGGGAGGCUGACCAGGCACCUCCCCUAUGUCCACCUCCAUUUCAGUUCUCAAUUCUGCAGCUACGCUUUGGACAGAGGCUGCUCCCCAUUUCCUGGCAUAUGCCGGCUGCCUGAGAAAUAGGAAGGUAGCUGUGCCUGUUCCACUGCCCCAGAAGAAGCACUUCAGAAGAGCCACCCCACCACCACCACUCACGAGGCAUCGAUUCUGUUCUUUCUAGCCUUGGGAUGGGGCCAACUCGAUGUUUCCACUCCUUUCCCCUCCCUCCCACCUUGUAUCCUGGCUCUCACCCAUACCUCUUCUUCCCCACCCCUCACCCCAAUGUCUUGUGGGGUAUCUGCUCCCCAAGAAGCAGUGCCAGGGGUCACCUAACUGUAAAACGGGUGUUGCGUCCUUCUAUUGUUGUAUUUUUGUUGUUGAAGUUCUUGAAUUUGUGACUUAUUAAAAAAAAGAUAGCUU